AUGGCGCCGUAUAUAGAGAGGACCGGGUUGGGUAUGCUGAGGCAUUUCAUGCGAAUUGAAAUCGACAACGAUCUGCUUACGGCAAUGUCGAAGCGAUGGCACCCCGAAACUCAUAUGUUCCACCUUCCGGAGGGGGAAAUGACGAUCACCCUCAAAGAUGUCGCUCUCCUCACCGGGCUGCCGAUUUCUGGAGAGGCCAUCAUUGGUACCACUACCAAACCCGAAGGUGGUUGGGGCCUCUCAUUCUUGCUGAAUUGGGAUUUGACAUGCCGACCACCACACCAAUUCAAGUACGGGGGCAUCCACCAUAGAAUGCGGGACAAGUGUCAAUCCCGUGGCUCGUAA